UGAUUUACUCUUAUACAUGUUGUACUAUCUCUCAGAAAAAUGGAGGUUCAUCUGCCCAAGUUCAAGAUGGAGCAAUCUUACGACUUGCAUGAAAUCCUGCCACAUCUGGGCAUCAGCAGCGUUUUCCUCCAUUCAGCCAACCUGACGGGUUUGAGCAAAGACGCGCAUCUGAGAGUCUCACAGGUGCUGCAUAAAGCCGUCAUCGAGGUGGAUGAGAAGGGCACGACUGCAGCCUCGGUCACAUCAGUGGGAAUCACGGCUUAUUCUCUGCCAGCCACCUUCAUCAUCAACAGGCCCUUCUUCUUCUUUCUGUACCAUGAAGCCACUUCUAGCCUGUUGUUCAGGGGCAGAGUGAUUGACCCCACAAAGAACUGAGCCACUGACUGGAGACGCUCGUGCCUCUUCAAUACACAGCAGCACAGGGCCAAACACACACUAACGGAGCGAUACUUCAGACAGAAAACAUUACCAAACUCUGUGAACACUGUGUGGAUAAGCACAUUGUAUUGUAAGAAAUAAAGUGAGGAAAUAGUGC